UUCUGGGCACCUCACCUGUUCCCCGCCCGCUCGCCCUCCAGCCCACCAAUCAACAGCCCUUUCCGGUCCGCGCCCCGCCCCUUCCUCUCCCGGCCCCCCCGGGGUGAAGCUGCCGCAGGGAUCAGCUGAUUGGCGCCUCACGUGACUCACUGGCUGCUGCGCGGGGAUGGAGCAGUGACGGGUAAAUACCCACCGGGCGCGCCAGCGGGAUCCGUUCCGCCCCGUUUCUCCCUCCCUGCGCCGGCCCGGCCACUCCGGGGACACCGUGUCUCACAUCCAUCUUCAGACAUAUUAAGUGUAAAAAUAAAGUGACAAAAAUGACAGAGUUCUGGCUUAUUUCUGCUCCUGGGGAGAAAACAUGUCAACAGACAUGGGAGAAACUACAUGCUGCAACUACAAAAAAUAAUAAUCUCUCCAACAAUUCAAAGUUCAAUAUUCCUGACUUAAAGGUUGGCACACUGGAUAUUUUAGUUGGUUUGUCAGAUGAAUUGGCUAAGUUGGACGCAUUUGUGGAGGGGGUGGUCAAGAAGGUGGCCCAAUACAUGGCUGAUGUUCUGGAAGACAGUAAAGAUAAAGUUCAGGAAAAUCUAUUGGCUAAUGGAGUUGACUUGGUUACCUAUAUAACAAGGUUCCAGUGGGAUAUGGCCAAGUAUCCAAUCAAACAGUCCCUGAAGAAUAUUUCAGAAAUAAUUGCAAAGGGAGUAACCCAGAUUGAUAAUGACUUAAAAUCAAGAGCAUCAGCAUAUAACAAUCUGAAAGGCAACCUUCAGAACUUGGAAAGAAAGAAUGCGGGAAGUUUGCUAACAAGAAGUCUGGCUGAUAUUGUAAAGAGAGAGGACUUUGUACUUGAUUCAGAAUACUUAAUUACAUUGGUGGUGGUUGUACCAAAGUCAAAUUACAAUGACUGGGUUAAGCAAUAUGAAACGUUAUCGGAGAUGGUAGUUCCACGAUCCAGCAACGUUCUUUCUGAGGACCAAGAUAGUUACCUGUGUAAUGUCACCUUGUUCAGGAAGGCAGUGGAUGACUUCAGACACAAAGCCAGGGAAUACAAAUUUAUGGUCCGUGAUUUCCAGUAUAAUGAAGAAGAGAUGAAAGCAGACAAAGAAGAAAUGAACAGGCUAUCUACUGACAAAAAGAAACAGUUCGGACCUCUGGUUCGGUGGCUGAAAGUGAAUUUCAGUGAAGCAUUCAUUGCAUGGAUUCAUGUGAAAGCAUUACGAGUUUUUGUUGAAUCUGUUCUAAGGUAUGGUUUGCCAGUUAAUUUCCAAGCAAUGCUCCUUCAACCCAAUAAGAAAACAAUGAAGAAACUGAGAGAGGUUUUGAAUGAUUUAUACAAACACCUUGAUAGCAGUGCAGCAGCUAUCAUUGAUGCAACUAUGGAUAUUCCAGGCUUAAACCUCAGUCAACAGGAGUACUACCCAUAUGUGUACUACAAGAUUGAUUGCAAUUUGCUGGACUUCAAGUAAACCUUUUCUUAUCCUGACAAUCCUCUGAUAGUGUUGGUGUAAACAAACAGAAGUGAGGUUGAAGUACAAUGAUACUUUUAACUCUGUUAAUCCUAUGCUUGCUUCUUAUUCCCUUUACUUUAGGUGAAUUUUCCCCAUGGUGGUCCAUCUCUUGACAUUUUCUUUUAAAGAAAAGUGUAGGUAUUACUGCUUUUAAUCAAUCAAGUCUGUAAAUGUAUAUUGAGAGAAUGAGAGUAUUUAUAAACAGUCAUUUAUUUAAAGAAAAGGAUAAUUCCUUUCAUAUGGUGAUUGCAUUAAUUUCAUUUACCAUUGUUCAUAAAGACCUUGUUUACAAAGGAAGAUAGUGUAAACAUGCCAUUUUGUUCUCUGUAUUUAGUAGAUACAGAUGUUAACAUUGAUGAAUUGUGAUGUAAAGUAUGUGAGAUUGAUAUACAGUCUGUGCUUUCAGAAUAUUUUAAAUUACAAUCCAUAAGCACUGUUGGAGAAAAUAAAAAUACCUGUGCAAAUGUAUGAUUUGUCUUAUUGUGAUGCAUAGAACUGUAAAAAUCUCCAGCCAAACAUUAAUACAGGUAAUGUAAAGAUGUGAUAUAUGCUGUAUCUAACCAUAUAAAAAUGAAGUUUUCAGUUUAACAAAUAUUUGAUGCGAGGUAAACUAAAAUAAACACCUGUAUUGUUGUGAGAAA